AUGUGUUGCCUACAGGUCAAACCAGCACCUGCUCCACUGAUCAUGGUCAGCGAGACCUUAAACUACUGGGAUCCUGAUUUUGAGGACGAUGUCAUCAACAUUAACGUCGGGGGUCUGAGAAGAAGGCUCAGCUCUAGCGCUCUCUCCAAGUUUCCUGACACCCGCCUGGGGCGCUUGCUGUCCUGCGACUCAGAAGAGUCCAUCCUGCAGCUCUGCGAUGACUAUGACGUGAGUGCCAGGGAGUUUUACUUUGAUAGGAACCCAGGUUUCUUCCUGUAUGUGCUUCACUUUUACCAGACUGGGAAGCUGCAUGUCAUGGAGGAGCUUUGCGUCUUCUCUUUCUGCCAAGAAAUAGAGUACUGGGGCAUCAAUGAGUUCUUCCUGGACUCAUGCUGCAGCUACCGCUACCACGAGCGCAAGCUAGAGAGCCGGCACCACAACUGGGAUGAGGAGAGUGAGGUCAGCAGUGUGGACACCUCCCCAGAUGAGAUAUCGGAUAUCAAUCUUGACUUGCUCCGCUACAGCACGUUGCGCUGUGGCAACUUGCGGAAGCGCCUUUGGCUUACCAUGGAGAACCCGGGCUACUCCAUUCCCAGCAAACUCUUCAGCUUUGUGUCCAUCAGCGUGGUGCUUGUCUCCAUAGCUACCAUGUGCAUCCACAGCAUGCCAGAGUACCAGGUGGUGGAUGAGAAUGGUACUGUGCUGGAUGCCCCCAUCCUGCACAACCUGGAGUAUUUCUGCAUCUCCUGGUUCACCUUUGAAGUGUCUUCUCGCCUGCUGCUGUCUCCCAACCCACGAAAAUUCUUCAAGCACCCUCUGAACCUGAUUGACAUUGUCUCUGUCCUGCCUUUCUACUUUACCCUUCUGGUGGACGUGACUCUGGGCAGUGACUCAGAGCUGGGGAACCUGGGCAAGGUGGUGCAGGUGUUCCGUCUCAUGAGGAUAUUCCGGGUUCUCAAGCUGGCACGGCAUUCAACUGGGCUGAGAUCGCUAGGGGCCACCUUGAAGCACAGCUACAGGGAGGUGGGCAUUCUGCUGCUCUACCUGGCUGUGGGAGUCUCUGUGUUCUCUGGAGUGGCCUACACAGCUGAGAAAGAGGAGGAUGUUGGUUUCGACACCAUCCCAGCCUGCUGGUGGUGGGGUACAGUCAGCAUGACCACUGUGGGCUACGGAGACGUGGUGCCAGUGACCAUAGCUGGCAAACUGGCAGCUUCAGGCUGUAUCCUGGGCGGGAUCCUGGUGGUGGCAUUGCCCAUCACAAUCAUUUUCAACAAAUUCUCCCACUUCUACCGCAAGCAGAAAGCCUUGGAGGCUGCCGUAAGGAACAGCGACAAGAAGGAGCUAGAGGACACUGAAGAUUUUUCCAGCCAGAACCAAGACUCGGAGGCUCUGAGUGAAAUCUUCCAGGAGGGAAGCAAGCCAGACCGCCAGCGCCUGACCAAAGAUACCCUUCCUGCUCACUGA